AUGGCAGUAUCGCCCCCGCCAGCCAGGCUCGCACAGGCAGGCACCGCCGCGGCACACGCCAUGCCGACACGCCCUGGUGCAUUCGCCUCCCCGGCGCCCCACUUCGCAGUGGUUGCCCCCCAAGCCUGCUGGACACCGGCAUUUGUUCACCCCUUUGCAACGACCGCCGUUCAGGCAUGGAAUCACACAUUUGGCUGUAAACAUAACACUCUAUCAAUAAUGAUAUGGCAUUGUGAUGAAUCCUACUUCUAA